GUUCAACAUGGACCAGCGAGCUGCAACGCAACUAGGGCAAGCAGCCUUGGGCCAAAAGGCGUUGAGCCCGCGGAGCCAUGUCCAGGCAGUUGGAAGAUGAAGCUGCGGCAAAGCGUUUGUUCAACCAGCGACUCUUUGUGAUCGGGAGCAUGAGGCUGAUUGACAGCAUGAAUGUGACCAUGAUUAUGCCUUAUGGACUCGAGUUGAUGUCGAUGUUGUUGAAUCAGGAUAAGGGAAGCGCUGAAGUGGGUACGGCGUUUGCAUGGUUCAUUGGGCUUUACUCACUCUGCGAGAUUGUGUUCUCCCCGCUUUGGGGCAUGGCAGCUGACAACAUCGGGCGCCGGCCCGUCCUGCUGAUCGGCAUUGCUGGGACGGCUAUUGCCCCCAUACUACUUGGCGUAGGACAGUCGCUGCCGCUGGUCUUCGCGUUCCGUGCUUUGGGUGGUUUCUUCUGUGGCAACCAGGCCAUCUUACGAACCUACCUGGGCGAGAUUGCGGACAAGAACAACGAAGCGAGGGCCUUCAGUAUUCUGGUUCUUUGCUUUGUUGUUGGCAUGAUGGCGGGGCCUUUCCUGGGUGGGCUGGCGUUCCCUGCUCGUUGGGCACCGCAAGUAUUUGAAGGGACGCUCUUUGCACAGCAUCCAGUCCUCUUGCCAAAUCUUCUAUUUGGAGCUUCCACAGCGAUCGUUUGCAUCAUCGGCUUUCUCUGGUUAGAGGAGACGCUUCCAAGCAAGCAGGUCGACCAUGUGGACCUCGAGUCGGAGGACUCGGACGCUUCGGGGGUGACCAGAUGCUGCUAUUCGAUGACGGUGCUCCAGGCCAUCCUUGCGUUCUGUGGACUGGCUGGGGCCGUCGAGGCGCAGAAUACCUUGGUGGUUUUGCUUUGGCAAUACCCGCACUCACAGGGUGGAUUUGGAUUCAGCCCUCAGCAGGUCUCGGUCGUACAAGUCUCAGGUGGCCUAGGCCCAAUUGUGUGUCACCUGACUUUCCUCCAGAAGUUGGUCAGGAAGCUGGGCUUCCUGAAGGUCCUGGGGUUGGGAUUUCUGAUCAACAGCUGCUCCUACUCCCUCUACCCGGUCUAUGCCCUGUUUGCCGAUCCGGCCAAGUAUGGCCUUUGGAGGUACGUCAUCUUGGGCCUUGCCGAGUUCGUGGGCAUGAGCGGGACCUUUCUGCUCUUCUCUUCCGUCUUUGUUUUCAUGAACCGUGCGUCAGAAGGGCUGAAUCGGGCAACGGUCAACGGCUGGGCCAAUUCCAGUCGUGCCCUGAGCCGUGCCAUCUCUCCGCUCGUGGCCACACAGCUUCUACAGACUUUCUCUGCAUUGCCACUUGGAGGAUACGUGCCCUUUUACAUCAUCACCGCCUGCUUAGGCAUAUUCUUUGCCCUUGCAUGGACUGGGCUGCGCAAGCUGAACUAGACCUCCAAUCAACAAAGUGUAAAGCUACCAAACGAUGUAAAGUGUAAAGUUGAAGUUUGGUUCAGGCUGUCAAACCUGGCUCUUCCUCUUGCUUGCAACACUGAGAGUUGAGCUUUUCAAGCUGUCUCAUGCCCUACAAUGGUAGGAGCGUGCUUAGCAUUUUGAGCUGGGACGCAGUACUCCAGUACUCCUGGCCACUCAGACACAAGAUCUGCCCCACAGCAAGGUGAUGUGUUGCUAUUUUGUGUUUGUGCUUGCUUGUUGGUAGAUGGUUGUUGAUGAUUGUUGAUCGCUGCUUUGCUGUGUUUGCCGAUCAGAUUUGAUAGCCGAGAGUGAUACAAGAGUCCCCAGUGUGCUGAAAGCAUCGUGAGG